UCUGCUAUUUCAGCCAUAGCUCAAUUUGUCUUUCUUUGCCAUGGCUUGUACAAAACCACAUUUUCCAAUUACCGCGGCAACUCUGCUGGUGGUACUUAUAUUGGCUACCUCAGAUUUCAUAGGUGCACAAACAGGAGUUUGUUAUGGAAGAAAUGGGAAUGGAUUACCAUCUCCAGCAGAUGUUGUGGCUCUAUGCAAUCGGAACAAUAUACGAAGAAUGAGAAUCUAUGAUCCUCAUCAACCAACUCUCCAAGCCCUCAGAGGCUCCAAUAUUGAACUCAUACUAGGCGUGCCAAAUCCUGACCUUCAGAACAUCGCGUCUAGCCAAGCCAAUGCGAAUACCUGGGUCCAAAACAAUGUUAGGAACUAUGGUAAUGUCAGGUUCAGGUAUAUAGCAGUUGGAAAUGAAGUUAGUCCAUUAAAUGGUAACUCUCAGUAUGUACCUUUCGUGAUAAACGCCAUGAGAAACAUUCAAAAUGCUAUUGCUGGUGCUGGUCUCGGAAACCAGAUCAAAGUUUCUACUGCUAUUGAAACUGAACUUACUACAGACACAUUUCCUCCAUCAAAAGGCAAAUUUAAAGAUAAUGUCCGUGGAUUUAUUGAUCCUAUCAUCCAAUUCUUAGUAGCUAACCGCUCACCUUUGCUUGUCAACAUUUAUCCUUACUUUGCAAUAAAAAACAAUCAAGCCAUUAAGCUUGACUACGCGCUGUUUACAUCCUCUGUAGUUGUUGUCAAUGAUAAUGGAAAAGAAUACCGAAACUUGUUUGAUGCACUCUUAGAUGCCACAUACUCAGCCCUUGAAAAAGCCGGUGGUUCAUCUUUGCAAAUCGUUGUAUCAGAGAGCGGUUGGCCUUCAGCUGGAGAAGGGCAAUUGACUUCCAUUGACAAUGCAAGGACUUACAACAACAACUUGAUUAGGCAUGGAAAAGGAGGGAGUCCUAAAAGGCCUUCCAGGCCAAUAGAGGCUUACAUUUUCGCGCUGUUUGAUGAAGAUCUGAAAACCCCUGAAAUUGAGAAACAUUUUGGACUAUUUACACCAAGCAGGCAGCCAAAAUACCCGAUCAGUUUUAACUAGCUAGACUAUGCAAGAUAAUUAAACGAAUAAAGCUAAGAGUUGUCCAUCUUCUCUCUUUAUAAUAUAUAUGUAAUUGAAUAAUUGUUGCUCAAUUUGAAUGGAGAGCAAUCCUUUGCAUGAUAUAUACUCAUCCUACAUGCUUAUAUAAGGCAAUUCUUUAUGUCUCAA